GUACCACCGACUCCUCUUCCUGCCCAAGGACUCAUUUGUUGCUGCCUCUGGAAUCAGGACAUGGAACUUCAAGUGAAACCUCUGAGUGUUGUCCUUGGAUGGUUUAUCUGCCUGUAUGCGGUGUGUGCCGGUCAAAGACUUUGCACAGUUCCUCCUGGUCCGGUGACGGUGGCAGAGAAUAACACGGCCGACGUGCAGCUGGUGAAAAUCGUUUCCAACAGCGACGUUGUCCUGACUGUGGUGGUGAACCCUGAGGACCUCUUCUACCUGAAGGGAAAUGCACUGAUGGUCAAGAGAGGAGUCGACUAUGAGUCGCUGUCUGCAGCGACUCUGUUGGUGUGGGUGCAGUGCAGCAAACCAGGCUCCAAAUCAGUGAACGAGUCAGUGGAAGUUUUAGUUGAAAAUGUCAACGACAACCCUCCGAACUUCGAUCAAAACCACUACAUAGUCGAAGUGAACGAGCUCACUGCAGUCAAUUCCAGUGUGGGACUAAUCGAAGCCACUGACAUUGACUCAAACCCCCUCUACUACCGCCUGGAGCCAGCCACAGAUAAAUAUUUCCGCCUGGAGAACAUCAACAGCCCAAGGCUCCUUGUCAAAAGCAUCAUAGAGUACGACGUGGUGCAGAAGAUCUCUUUGGUUCUGCAUGUGCAGGACACCUUUAACGGUUCGGCCUCCAACAAGCCCUUCUUCACCUCGGUGGCCACCAUCACGGUGCUUGUGAAAGAUGUGGACAACAGGCCACCGUGGUUCCAACCCUGUGUCCGGACAAAUUUAGGCAUCGCAAAGUUGUGCGUGAGCUCGGGAUACAGAGGGAGAGUCAACCUGACUGAGAAGGAGGAAGGGCCGUUGGUUCUGGAGCCUGGGCCAGUGUUUGCCAGGGAUGGAGACAAAAACAGGAGUGAGCAGAUCAGCUACAGAAUAUUGCGAGGGAAUGAAGGAAACAUUUUCCAGAUUGAUGAGGAGACUGGGAACAUCAGCAUGGCAAAAGCUGCUGACAUCAUCGGGCCCAUCACUCUGACUGUUCUGGCUUCACAGGUCACCAACAGAGAUCAGUUCGCAGUGACUCAGGUCACCAUGGAGGUGAUGAAGAAGAGCAGAAACCCUCCUCGUUUUGAGAGGGAGCGAUAUGAAGGAUUCAUCUACAGCAACUCGGUGCCUGAGAGUAUGAUUCUGAGGGACCGCAACACCUACCGGCCAUUCAGGGUCAGAGCCAGGGACGAGGACUUUGCUAGCGGUGUGAAUCCUGACGUGAAGUAUGAGGUUCAGUACAGCAGCUACGUCAAUGUCACCUCAGAAGGUUUCGUGAUUCUGAAGAGAGUCGUGAAGACGGAGUCAUUUGCUCUGCAGAUCAGAGCAGUGGACUCCACCACCGGCGAGUUUGGAACGGCUGCUCUCUCAGUGCAGGUUAUUCCAGCCGACACUGCUGCGUCCCCGUCAAACGUGGGCUACCGCGCAGGUGACAUGGCGCUGCUGGGGCUGGUGAUGGCUGCCUUGCUGGUCCUCUGUCUGAUCGUGAUCGGCUUCUUGAUUUCCCGUUUGUGGAAGGUCAACGCCGGCGUGGACAAACUGUGUGAGUGCCUGAGCCCCUGUCUCUCGAGCCGCCCACGGAUGGGCCACAGAGACUCCCUUCAGUACACCAAUGACGGCUACCAGAAUGAGGCAGAGGGCAGCCGGGAGGGAUCCGUACGCUGGAAUAACAUGCCGAGACGGAGCACCUUCCCUCAGUCGCAGGGCAGAGUCAAUCCUCGCCACUGCUCCUCCUGUGGAGGCUUCUCAAACCACGUGCCAAGAGGCAGCCCCUCUGUCAGGCCCUUCAGGAGGGGCAGAGGUGACGGGGAUGAGUAUGAUUUUAAGGCAACCAGGCAGAAGAGGAAGGAGGGGCAGAAGACCGUGUGGUUCAAACAGAUUGAGGAUUCCUCAGACAUCGAGGUGGAAAUAAUCCCAGACACGGUGGGACGAGUGGAGGAGGAGACGCAGGAGGAGCUGGAGGGAGAGGUGGAGAUGGAGCCUGUCAGGGACCCUGCAGCUCCUCAAAGGGAGCCAGAAGAGGAAAACUCGGAGGCUGCAGAGGAGCAUGGAUCAACCAGCAAUGAGAAGCAAGGUGAGAGAGAGGAAGCCUGACAGCAGCGGUCGGAGCACUGGUCAUGAAGCUGAGCAAAAAUGACUCCUGGAGUGACCUCAAGAUGGCAGGUGUUUUUUAAAGAUCAAACCAAUAUAACAUGUUUUAUACAGUUUACUAGCAAGAGCUUUUCUCACUGGCACUCCUGGUGACUGUGAUAUGAACUCUUAAACUGUGUUUUUAUUGUUAUUGUUAUUGAAACUACAGAGGCAUACAACUGUGGCUGAGAAGAUGAAUCUAUACGAAAAUUGUUUAGAGGUUCUCCUGCACACUGUACAAGCUGACAUACGACUGGGGCCCUUUUUGUUCACUAACUUUUUUUCAUAGAGAUAUAAAUAGAAGUUUGAGUUGAAUCCAGAAAGUCAGGAAAUUAUCUUAACAGGCAAAAGAGCAGCACAGAGUUGUUAGCGUUGAUGGCAAGGCUUCUACUUGCUAAUGCUACUAUUUUUCAUUAGUCACCCUGAGACUGAGCUGCUCAAUCGACUGCAGAGGCUUUAUUUGCUUUUGGAGUGACCUUAAACAAAUAAUUACUCCAGAUUCAAUUUGUUUAAAUUCAUUAACUGCCCUGUCCUUUUAAUUUCCUUUUUAAUAAUAGACAGUUCGCUCUGGCAAGUGCUGUUUUACCAAAACUCAUUACUCUCCAACAUCAUUAAGAAUUGUGAUUUAAACAUGACUGAUAAACCUCCAUGCCUAAAGUUGUCUGGGAAAUCCAUAACAGAGAGGACUUUGAGGUUUUAUCACCUCUGUCUGACAGAACCACGGGAGCUCCAUCAUCUCUCUCUCACUUUUGCUUCAACAGCAGUACACUAACUUAAAUAAUACUAGAUGUGAAAACAGCUGUCCCACAUUUCUUCACCUCAACAUGAUCGAGCAUCAUGUAAAGCUUAGCCAACAUUUCUGAACACCUCCAGACUGACCCUGGUGAAGGGAAGAGUCCCCAAAUCCCCACUUGGCCUCGCGCUUGUUGCUGGGAACGGAAGUCGCUGAUGAAACCGUUAUCUCAUCCACAUGUGACUCAAGACUUUUUUUCUGGUUUUAUUGACGUCUGUUUGAAUAAUUGUCUUGUACAGCUGUGACUUUUGUACUUUGAAGUGAUCACUGUUGAAUGAUAAUAAAGUUGAAUGAGUCGCAGGAGA